CCAAAAAAAAAAAAAAAAAAUCAAGUUUCAAUAAAAUUUAUAUUGUACGGGUCGGUUUUACUCGAAUUAUAAAACAAAACCCAUUUUCUAGUCGGGUCAUUGAUAAGCUUGCAAAGUUUCAACUUUCAAGCUGACGAUCAAUAUUUUUUCUGAAUAUUAAGAAAAAAUGCCAGUGAGAGUCGCAGAGAUCUCUGCACCUUCUCAGGUUUCAGGUACAAUUUCCAGACAUACCUCACCCCCAGCAUGUACGCUUUUGAGUGUUGGACAGGCAUUUUCUGGUACUCAAAACGUUUCUAGUAUACAAAAGGAGGAAGCUUGGAGAGUUAAUGUCCGAAUACAAGGAUGCGAUCUCGAACAUGGGUAUCUAUGCGGCACUAUGGAAGCUCUAAAUGUUCCUAUGGCCGAUACACCAAUUGUUGUAACCUUUUGGGAAGGGGAGAUUGUUGAUACAAAGAAUUAUACUUUCUUCACUGGCAAGUGGGAUGCAUCGCCAGAGGAUGAUAAAAGGCAUUGGACAAAGUUUCCAUCUUUUUUACCACUCCUGAGCCAAGUCGAGAUUGAUGGUGGGAAAUCUUUGGACCUGAGUAAUUGUCCAUACAUAUUUAUGAGAUGGAAAGAGCAAUACUUUGUAAAUGUUGGAACAGACUGUGGGCUAACCAUAGCUGGGUUUUACUACGUUUGCUUCUCUUGUAGUGAUGGUUCUAUCAAUGGCUUCUAUUAUGAUCCUAAUAGCAGAUUUGAAGUUGCUGCAUUAUCCACCCAGCGUUGUUGCAAUAUCUGCUCUUUGGUGUAGUCUAGAAGACUUAAUUCCGUCAUCAUAUGAUGUCUAUCUCACCAAUAUUAUGAAGCACAUCAACCAAGAUCAGCAGGCAUAAAAACAUUAAAAUACCAGUUUUUAUUAAUAUAUAUAUAUAUAUAUAUUCUAGUUUACUGUUCCAUUGAUAUAACAAAAAUAUUCCAAGUCAGCAGGAGGAAAUUAUGGAGUGUCGUAGGAUAAUGAAAGCAUGGUUGGUUGAUCCAUUCUACUGCUUCAAAGUUUCUGAGCAGUCCCACUACUACCCUUUAAGUCCUUUGACGGUCUUAUUGAUGGAGCGGAUAGAAAUCAAUGAUUGCCAAGUCGAUCUCUCACUCUUCAGGAAGCCAGUUUCAAAUGUCAAUAUUCCUGAAUCAAGUGGACUAAAUGAAAGAGAGAACAAGAGUAGAUCCUAAACAUGGUUUUUACCGUAGAGGAGCCAUGAUUUGGUCAUAGAAUAAUGUUAUACUUAGUUCAUCUAUUAAAUCGCGUUACAACUCUCAAUAUCACGUAAAUUUU